GUUGAUCAAAAUCGAUUACUUAUAUACAGCUUUGAUCUUGAUACGAUUAAAUUAUUUUUUGACGUUUGCAAUAAUAUCUGUGGUUUGAGUAAAUGCACAAAGAAUUAUUAUUUUUAUUAAGUAAUAAGUUCUACUACCUGGCCACUCUAUACAUCUAAUGUUCUACACAGCAUAUGAUUAGAUGACCAAUCUCUUUGUGCUAGUGACGCAGCCCCUUCUCCCUUGUCCUUGACAAAAGCAGCAAGCACUCUAAGCAGCAAAGUUUUUGUAGUUUCUAAAUUCAUUUAGAUAAAACGCCAUUUUCUAGCUGUCCUGAGAAUUAUAGAAUUGAAGAGAGUCAUUAUCGUUAUCAAAGAAAUUAAAGAAUGGCAACCAGGAAGAAAGUGCUCCUGAAAGUGAUAAUCCUUGGUGACACUGGAGUUGGCAAAACAUCUCUCAUGAACCAGUAUGUCAACAAGAAAUUCUCCAAUCAGUACAAGGCUACCAUAGGCGCCGACUUCCUCACAAAAGAAGUUAUGGUUGAAGACAGGAUAGUCACCAUGCAGAUCUGGGACACAGCCGGACAGGAGCGGUUCCAGUCGUUGGGCGUGGCGUUCUACCGAGGCGCCGACUGCUGCGUGCUCGUGUUCGACAUGACGGCGCCCAGCACCUUCAAGUCGCUCGACAGCUGGCGCGACGAGUUCCUCAUCCAGGCGUCGCCGCGCGACCCCGAGAACUUCCCCUUUGUCGUGCUCGGCAACAAACUCGAUCUCGAGAACAAAGCUGUAUCAACGAAACGUGCCCAGCAGUGGUGUCAGAGCAAAAACAACAUUCCCUACUUCGAGACGAGCGCCAAGGAGGCGAUCAAUGUGGAGCAGGCCUUCCAGACGAUUGCACGCAACGCCCUGGCUCAGGAGAGCGAAGUCGAACUCUACAAUGAGUUCCCAGACCAGAUCAAGCUCACCCAGGAGUCCAAGACACCCAGCUCCGAGAACUGCUCAUGUUAACGCCAGUCGGUUGCAAUUUCAGGCGAUCGUAAGAGAAGGAAUGCACCAGAGUAUAAAAAAUAUUUUAUGCAUGAGAUUGCGCGGGUUUACUAUAUACAGCAUGCCUAUCCAUCACAAAGACCUCAAGCCCAUGUUUUUUUUGAAGAAGUGGUGUUAAUAAACACUCAUUUCAUCAGUGAAAAUACAACAAUGGACUGUGUGAUUCUAUUUUGUUUAUGAUAUUGCAAUUUAUGAGAAUUGGCAUAUGCCCUUCCUACGGUUAGGAUAACUGUACUACAAUUAAUUAGUAAUUAACCUUUUGUCACUGAUCACUUGAAGUUUAUUAUUAUGAUUAUAUUCUAUCAAUAAAUAUUUAGCAGCUUAUGAUAUUUGUAUUCCAGCUUGAUUGCGUAGAUUACUAUAGAUUUUCUAUUGCCUUUCAUUAACUAUUCGCUUAACGUUCUGACCAAAUUCAUUGGUUAGCUAUUGAUAUUAUUUUGAAGCUGAUUUUUAUUAGGACUUAUUAAUUUUUGAAUAAAAUUCCGGGCUACUCUUGUUAAUCUUGAUAAAUAAUGCUCUCGAUAGAAAAUAUUGACGAAACUCAAUAAGACAAAUUAUUUUCGCAGUAUUUUAUUAAUGUAUGGAUAUUAAUGAAAAUCAACACUGUUGACAGAGAUGUAAUAUGUCUCCAUAAUUUUGUCGCAGAAACAAUUAUUAUUAUUUGUUGGUAAUUAAUUUUGUAUUAAACUAAACUAUGUUAUAUCUUGCCUUUUUAAUAUUAGGAUUGGAUUUUUCUCAUCAGCAAUGAUAAUCAAUUGAAAAAAAUGGAUUAAAACCAGCAAUAGUCAGGUUAUAUUGUUUUGUAAAUAAAUCACCUCCUUUUAAUCAUUUUUCUCAACAUUUACUGUGAAGGUAGAAACCCGAUAUGUGUACAGAAAUAUACAAUUAGUGUACAGACAUUUUAUCAGAUUGCUAUUGUGGUUUUAUAAUAUAAUGAAAGUUGAUAAUUUUUUAAUUUUUAGUCUUUCUCAUUUUAUAAUCAUCGUGUAUGAAUUGAAUUGUUUAGGGAAAUAUUACGUAUUGUAUAUAAUGAUUACAUGAUUUAAUAUUAUUGUUUUCGAAUUAAAUAUCAUUAUUAUUGAA